AUUCAUUUUUAGUGUGAUUUUUGACACUUGCUGACAGGCGGUGGUCGAUAUCUUAGGAUUUAUUGUACGUAAUUUUAGUAAAAACACCCUAAAAAUGGCCUGUAAAAUCUGUGGUCCUAAGUUAUCAUUGUGCGGAUUGAUUUUGAGUGUCUGGGGAAUCAUCCAGCUGACUCUGAUGGGAGUCUUCUAUUAUAUAGAAGCUGUAGCUCUUCUAGAAGAUCUGCCCCUCGAAGAAGAAAGCGGCCACCACACUGUAGAUGCAUUUAUUCACGCCGUUGAAGUAGGAUACCAAAGGAACUCUUACAACUGUUGGAUUGCGGCUCUUCUGUAUGUUAUUACAUUGGUAAUAUCCGGCCAUCAGUUCUGGAUGAACAACCGUUCGUCUGUUAGCAUGUAAUGCACAACAAUUGUACUUUACUCUAGGUACAUUACUAUUUAUUAGUUCCAUUCCAUUUAUUAUUGUUUGAAUCAUGUUCAAACAGAUUUAAGAACAUUAAAAUGUUAUCUAUCUUGUUCUCUUCUGAAACAGUAAAUGAUUAUGUUAUAAGUUAAUUGUAACUUUUCAAAGUGUUUAAAAUGUUUAUUACUAUGUGAAUAUCUCAGAUUAGACCAUUAUAGAACCUUUAAAAACUAUUGUCGCAUUUUGAACUUGCUUUGUUAAAAAAAAAUAUGGAUUGUUGUAAUUGCUUAGAUGCAAGUUAAGAAACCAAGUAAUGUUGAGUAUUAUUGAUUUAUGGUGAUCAAAUAUCAAAUAUGUACAUAAAAUAAUUAUUAUUGUAGGAGCAUUGUAAAAUGAAUAUAUAGUAUUUCUUUCAAGUAAAGUUAAUAAUGUUUUA